AUGACAGACCCGGUCGUAUUGCAGUCGGCGGUGCGAGUGCCCACACCUCCGCCUGGCACGUCCUAUUCUCCAAAACCAUCGGGCUCACGAAAACGCUCGCCCCCCUCUCGUUCGCCUUCUCCAACUCGUCGCCGGUCGCCUCCAGGUGACUCUGUCAAAGAAGAUGGCGACGCGCCACGAAUUGACCCUGAACGUGCCAUUGAGCGAGAACGACAACUCGCGGAGCGUGUCCGCCAACAUGAGAAGCAGGAGGCCGCGCGGAAACCGAUGACGGAAGAAGAAAAACAAGCUUCAGCCAAAGCAGAAUAUGAGAAGCUUCUGAAUAUGCGGUCGGGUGGAACUUACAUUCCCCCCGCUCGACUCCGGGCGCUACAAGCCCAGAUCACAGAUAAGACGAGCAAAGAAUAUCAGCGUAUGGCAUGGGAAGCUUUGAAGAAAUCGAUCAACGGUCUUAUCAACAAAGUCAACGUCUCAAAUAUCAAACAUAUUGUGCCAGAACUUUUCGGUGAGAACUUGGUACGUGGACGCGGGCUAUUUUGCAGGAGCAUCAUGAAGGCUCAAGCUGCCAGCUUGCCGUUCACGCCAAUUUACGCUGCGAUGGCGGCUAUCGUCAACACCAAACUUCCUCAAGUUGGCGAGCUGCUGCUUAAUCGAUUGAUCGUCCAGUUCCGCAAAGCGUUCAAACGAAACGACAAGGCGGUCUGCAUCUCGUCGACGACUUUCAUCGCUCAUUUGUGCAACCAACAGGUCGUACAUGAGAUGCUCGCAGCUCAAAUUCUUCUUCUCCUGCUCCACAAACCCACAGAUGACAGUGUGGAGAUUGCCGUCGGCCUCACAAGGGAAGUCGGACAGCAUUUGGAGGAAAUGAGUGGUCCUAUUGCCCUGGCGGUGUUCGAUCAGUUCAGAAACAUCCUCCACGAAGCCGAUAUCGACAAGAGAGUCCAGUACAUGAUCGAAGUCUUGUUCCAAGUCCGUAAAGACCGUUAUAAAGACAAUCCAGCGGUCAAAGAUGAACUUGACCUGGUAGAGGAAGAAGAUCAGAUCACACACCGUGUUGGUCUUGACGAUGAGAUUGAAACUCAAGAUACCCUCAACAUUUUCAAAUACGAUUCGCAAUGGGAGGAACACGAAGACGCGUACAAGAAACUGAAGGCUGAGAUCUUAGGUGAAGGUAGCGAUGACGAAGAUGAGGAGGACGAGACCGAUGAGAGCUCUGAUGAAGAAGCUGAAGAAGAGCGGCAGAUGGAUAUCAAAGACCAAAGCAAUACGGACCUCGUCAACCUGCGGAGGACCAUCUACUUGACUAUCAUGUCCAGCAUUGAUUUCGAAGAAUGCUGUCAUAAAUUGAUGAAGAUCUCACUGCCACCCGGCCUGGAGCCCGAACUUCCGUCGAUGAUUAUUGAGUGCUGUUCUCAAGAAAGAACAUACUCAAAGUUCUACGGUUUGAUUGGUGAGCGGUUCUCCAAGAUCAAUCGUCUUUGGUGUGACCUUUUCGAGGCUGCUUUCGCCAAGUACUAUGACACGAUCCAUCGAUUCGAGACCAAUAAGUUGCGCAAUAUUGCCCGCUUUUUCGGCCAUAUGCUCAGCACCGACGCCAUCGGCUGGCAUGUUAUGUCCGUCAUUCACCUCAAUGAAGAAGAAACCACUUCAAGCAGUCGUAUUUUUAUCAAGAUUCUCUUCCAAGACCUAGGAGAGCACCUUGGUCUCCCGAAGUUGCAGGAGCGCAUGAGGGAUGAGAUACUUCGCCCGAGCUUUGAAGGUCUCUUCCCAACAGAUAAUCCUCGCAACACCCGCUUUUCUAUCAACUAUUUCACAAGUAUCGGCUUUGGUAUUCUGACAGAGGACAUGCGUGAAUACCUGAAGAACCUCCCCAAGCCGACAGUUCCAGCUCUCCCUGCGCGCGACGCUACUCCAGAGUCAGACGCUGAAUCUGCCGCCGUCGCUCGGUCAGUCGCGGCAGGUCUUAUUCACGAUCCAUCUCCGGCUCUUCUCGCCGGAGCUACAGCUACACGCCUUCGCGCUCCAGGUCACCAGUGUCGAGAAGUCGCCGGCGCUCUGUUUCUUACAGUCGAUCCCGGUCACCCAAAAGGUCGUCGGUCUCUCGUACUCCCCCUAGGCGGACUCGUGCUAAGUCUUACGACUCACGCUCCCCCCGACGUUCACCGUCUCGGUCUGUUACACCCGAGAAACAGGGUUACAGUCGUAGGAACCGAAGCUACUCCAGAUCGGUGUCGAGAUCUGUUACUCCACCUCGGCGCGAGGCACGAGGCAGACGCUACUCGUCUGAGUCUUUGUCUCCGCCUCGCUCUAAACGCGCAUCGUCGCGUUCACCUCGCAAGGCAGCCCCGGCUCGGCGCGCCCGUGAUGCUUCAGCGUCACGUUCCCCGAGCCCUGCACGAUCGGGACGUGAUCAAAGAAGACGCCGGUACUCGGAUUCCCGAUCACCGUCUCGCUCGCCCCCUCGGCGUAGAUCGCCGUCCCGGACUCCUCCUCGUCGGGGCCGCGCCGCUGACUAUAUCUAAUUUAAAUGGUGAUGAGUUGUUGUAA